UAAAUAGAACUGGGCGUUCCUUUUCUUCAACAAUAAAUAAAAAAAAAUCACAGAUAAUUCUCUUUAUAGCCCCAGAAGACUCUAGUUUUUACCCUCCCAAACCCAGGUUCUUUCAAUUUCUUAUUUAAUUUUCUCAUUCUGUAUAUACAAUCAUACUAGUUUUAUCUGUAUAAUUCGCAGGAUGUACUGUUAAUUUUAGCGUUUUUUAUUUGGUGGGUUAUGUUGUAUAUAAUAUUCUAAUUCAUGGGUUUGGUUUUUUAGCUGUUUAUAUUAAUUCGAGUGCUUUAGUUUUAUGCUUAGUUUGCCUUGAAAGGGAAUUAAAUUAUUCUUGGUGGUUUCUUGUUGAUCGUUAGUUAGGUAGUCCGUGUUAGGGAUUGAAUUAGGGAAAUUUGGGGGUAUAAACUUAUAAUUAGAUUGCUUUUGAGGUUUAAUUACGUAGCGAUUAUGGCGGAUUCAGUUGCAGCAGCAACGUCUCUUGCUGCGUAUAGACCUUUGUGUAGGGGGUUUUCGAUUAAGGAUGUUUCUUGCAAAAGGAAACCUUUGAGUAAUUGUCGUGUAUUGGGUACGGAUUUUACGGGCAGAAAGAUUGUUUCUUUAUCGCAUAGGUCGUUGGGGUUAAAACUCGAUAAGUUAGUGAACACGUCGAUUAAGGCUCUCGCGAUGGAGUUAACGAAAGAGACUUAUUCAUUUAGAGAGGAGGAGAAAUUACCUCGAACUUGGAGUUUUCAGGGUGAUACUAGUGUUGAUAGAAAACCUGGCUUGUGGCCACCGGAAAAUAGAGCGGAUAAUCCAUCAUUGCAUAACCCCUUGCUUCGACAAGAAAGGAUGGGUUGUGGUUGGUUGGGUGCUAUAUUUGAGUGGGAGGGGGUCAUUGUUGAGGAUAGUCCUGACCUUGAGAAGCAAGCAUGGCUUGCUCUUUCUCAAGAAGAAGGGAAAUCGCCUCCUCCGGCUUUUCUUUUAAAACGAAUAGAAGGGAUGAAGAAUGAGCAAGCCAUGUCUGAAGCUCUGUGUUGGUCUAGAGACCCUGCAGAAUUGCGAAGAAUGGCUGCUAGGAAGGAAGAAAUUUACCAAGCUUUGCAAGGUGGGAUAUAUAGAUUACGAUCUGGCUCGAAAGAAUUUGUGAAUAUUUUGAUGCAUUACAAAAUCCCAAUGGCAUUGAUAUCCACACGUCCAAGGAAGUCUCUAGAGAGGGCAAUCGGGAGCAUCGGGAUUGAAGGAUAUUUCACCGCUAUUGUCGCAGCAGAAGAUGUUCAUAGGGGGAAACCCGAUCCGGAGAUGUUUAUUUACGCUGCACAGCUUCUACAAUUUAUUCCAGAGCGUUGUAUUGUUUUCGGAAACUCUAACCAGACUGUAGAGGCUGCUCAUGAUGUUCGGAUGAAAUGCGUGGCUGUUGCUAGCAAGCAUCCGGUUUACGAGCUCAGUGCUGCAGACAUGGUGGUAAGACACCUCGAUGAGCUUUCAAUAGUCGAUCUGAAAAACCUUGCUGAUAUUGAUUCGCCAGAGUUCGGAUAUCCCGAGCCAGAGAUGGAGCUCGAGGAGGAGGACGAGGAUAGAUCAACAGCUGUUGGAGUUGAUGAUAUAUUCUGGUGACACCCUUUGAUUGUACAGUUAGCUUUGUACUUUAUUAAAUUAUUAGUCUUAUAUUUAUAUCUUACAACAUCAUUGCAAACUGUUUAAGACCCCCUUGUAUAAUAAAGGGGAAACAAAUAUAAGGUUAAGAAAAAAAAACAGAAAAAUAUAGAAUGGCAGUCUGCAUUAGACGACCUUGAUAUCAUAUUGUAUGUAUUCUCUGUAUCAUAUAUGUAAUCUUCUUUUUCGUUAUCUA